AUGGCAAUAUCUCGUGCAUGGCAUCAUUUUGCAACCAACGUUAGGAGCGCUGCACCCGAGGGCUCGCCGGGGGCGCAGUCAACGGCCUCAGCAGCGCCAGGACCUAGCUCCCGCGGAGCGCCUCCGUCACAGUUGCAGUUCCCAGCGGGACCAGUGGUUCCCCUGGAGCCGGGUCGAGUUGUGGGUGGCGGCAAGUACAUCAUCGAGGAGGUUCUCGGCGCGGGGAGCAAUGCCGUGGCGUACCGGGUACGUGGGGUCCCACCAGGAUACCCACUGGCCCAGGUGAAACGCCCGAGACAGGUUGUGGAGUAUCGUUCGUGCCUGGGGCACACGGGGCACCCGCUGAAUGGUGUGAACGAUCGCAUCCUGCCGCUGCCCAACGGCAGCAGCGGAUGCGGCCCGUCGACCCACAGCGGUGUCGCCUGCCUCUUGCUGAGCUGUGUCCGCUGGCAGGGGCACCCGCUGAAUGGUGUGGACGAUCGCAUCCUGCCGCUGCCCAACGGCAGCAGCGGGUGCGGCCCGUCGGCCAACAGCGGUAGCGCCUGCCUCUUGCUGAGCUGUGUCCGCUGGCAGGGGCACCCGCUGAAUGGUGUGAGCGAUCGCAUCCUGUCGCUGCCCAACGGCAGCAGCGGAUGCGGUCCGUCGACCCACAGCGGUGUCGCCUGCCUCUUGCUGAGCUGUGUCCGCUGGAUUGGGCUCCCGCUGAAUGGAUUCAACGGUGGCAUCCUGCCGCUGCCCAUCGGCAGCAGCGGGUGCGACCCGUCGGCCAACAGCGGUAGCGCCUGCCUGUUGUUGAGUGGUUGUUGGUGCAAAGUGGCCCGCCGUUCCGACGGCACCGAGGUGGCCCUCAAGGCCCUCAGUCUCCGGUCCCUGCGCGAUUGGAAGCAGCUAGAGCUAUUCCAGCGGGAGGCGCGUACUCUGGAGGGCCUUACGCACCCCGCUAUUCCCCGCUACGUGGAUUAUUUUGAGGAGGACGACCCGGCGGAUCGCGCCUUCGUGAUCGUCCAGGAGGUGGUCCGUGGGAAGUCUCUGGCGGCCAUGAUACAAAGCGGGCAACGGGCCACGGAGCAGGAGGUCAUCCGCAUCGCGGGGGAGAUGCUGUCAGUCCUAGAGUACCUAGGAACGUUGAGGCCUCCGGUGAUCCACAGGGACGUGAAGCCUGACAAUAUUAUCCUGGAGGGUGGUCAGUGGGGCGGUCGGGUGUUCCUGGUGGACUUCGGGGGAGUGCAGGCGGUGGCAUCUGCCGGGGAGCUGUCGGGCCUGGGCAGCACCAUCGUGGGGACGUACGGAUACAUGGCUCCCGAGCAAUUCCGCGGCGCCGCCGAGCCCGCCAGUGAUCUGUACGCCCUGGGGGCCACUCUGCUGUACCUCCUGACAGGCCAGCCGCCCUCCGCCUUUCCCCAGGAGCGGAUGCGAAUCAACUGGCGGGCAGGACUGGGCCCCUCGGCCGCCGCCUCAGUAGUGACCUCACCCGCGCUGGGAGAGCUGCUAGAUGGGCUGCUGGAGCCGCUGGCGGAGGACCGCCUGACGGCGGCGGAGGCGCGCCUUGUACUGCAGGGUAAGGCCCUGCCGGAUCGUACGACAGGUCAGGUUCAGGGCGCCAGAUCUGUCAGUGGGUUCGCAAGAAGAAGAACAAGGGAGGCUUACCUGCAGCAGGCCCUCAUAGCCACAUCCGGGGCCCGAGCCGGCUCCCCGGGUGCGGGUGCGGUGUUGUCGCGACCCGCGGGCAGCCGGGUGCAGCUGGACAUCAGUCAGGACGGCAGCAGACUGGACGUGGUCAUACCGCCAAGGGGUUUCAAUAUGGACACGGCCUUCACGGGCGCCUUCGCCCUGGCCUGGAACGCCUUUGUAGCUGUGUGGACUGUGGGCGCACUGGCCAGCGGUGGGUUGCUGUUUGCCCUCUUUUCCGCGCCCUUCUGGCUGGCGGGUGCGCAGCUGGCGCGGGGGGUGCUGGGGGGAGCGCUCACACGUGAGCGACUGGCGGUGGGGUCCACGCGGUGGCGACUGGGCCAGCAGCUAGCGGCCCUUGGGUCGGAUGGCAAGGUGGACUUCCUGAAGGGCAAGAAUGAAAAGUGGCGGCUACUGGGUCCCCAGAUCCAAGAGGGCCUUACGCGCGAUCUCACAGCCGCCCGAGUAGUGACCACCGCCUUCAUUAACGGUGUGCCGCAAACCGCCAUUGAGUUGGUGGAGGGAGUUAACAAGUACCGGUUUGGCGAGGGCCUGGAGCAGGUGGAGCAGCAAUGGAUCGUCCAGGAGAUCAACCAACAAAUCGCAGCGGUGCAGGGCAGGGAGCUUGACUUGUCCGCUCUGCCGCCGCCGGAGAUGCCCAAGGUACUGAAUGACGACGACUCGAGUGACGAUGAAGACGAUCGACGGCGAUAA